AUGUAAAUUCUUCAUGUGGAUGAGUUUAGUGAUUUUUUAUAAACAACACUCAAUUUGAAAGCUGAUUGUUAUUUGACAUCAUUAUUCAAAUAAUUUGGUCGAUUCUUUAAUAUUGCUAAAAGAAUGAUAGAGUUAUUGAUUGAAUUAGAUAAACAUUUUGAAUAAGAAAAUAGAUCACGUAUUUUGAUUAACAAUGCAAUUGGAUUAUUAAAUCAAUUUUUUAUUGAACAUGUAUCGUUUAUUUAAUGGAGUUAUUGUGAAUAAUUUAUAAAUUAGGGUAAUGAAAGGAUUACAUAAAUCAGAGCCAAUAUACAUCCAAUAUUUCAUUAAUUUGAUUAAACUAAGAUUAAGAAAUCUUUAUGUGAAGUGUUGUUACACAUACAGGAGAAGAAUACACAAUUAUAACAAUAAAUGACAUUAUUAUCUAAUGAAGUGAAUCUUCAUUAAAUUAUUUUAAAAUAGAAGGAAGAACAAUACAAAGUAUCCAAAUACAACNGUAAUUUUGAACACAAAUGA